AUAACACAUUUCAGCGCAUUUGACACGUUGCCCGAGAGCGAGGCCGCCAUGCGGGGCUUCUGUUCCGCACACCUCCUCACUUACGCGACGAGCGAUGUCAGGCGAACACAAGCAGCAUGUUCACAUUGCAGCACCAGCCGCCAGGUUCGGCGUGCGCCAUUUCCAGACGAUGCUCAUGGCGGGCGGGUCCUUUACCAUCUACAUGCUGCGGGUCAAUCUCAGCGUCGCCAUUGUGGGCAUGACCGGAAUGGACUCGCCCAGCAACGUGACCUCGAACGCAACCGAAACAGGCCAGGAAAAGGCGCGCGUGUACGACUGGGAUGAAACGACGCAGGGCUUGGUCCUCAGCUCCUUCUUCUGGGGCUACAUGAUCACACAGAUUCCCGCAGGCGUGCUGACGCAGAGGUUUGGCGGCCACCGGAUUCUCACCUGGGCAAUGUUUUCCACCAGCGUGCUUUCGAUGCUCCUGCCUCCCUGCGCCUACCUCGGCGGCUGGAAGCUCGUCUGCGCCAAUAGGAUGCUGCAAGGAGUCACGCAGGGGUUCGUCUACCCGUCGAUGUUCACAAUGAUGGGGCUGUGGGCCCCCGCGCAGGAGCGGUCGACACUCGCAGGGAUCAUCCUCGGAGCGCAAACCAUGGGCCCCGUGGUUGCCACUCCACUGGCCGGGGUGCUGGUGAGCCUGUGUGGCUGGCCCUCUGUGUUCUACUCGUACGGCGCGUUCGGCGUCCUCUACUCGAUGUUCGUGCUUCAGUUUGGGGCCGACUCACCCUUGGCGCACAAGACCAUAUCCGCCGAAGAGCGUGCCUACAUCGUUACGUCACUGGGCGGGCCAAAUCUAAAGGCGCCCACCCCGUGGAGAGCCAUCCUCCGCAGCAGCCCAGCUUGGGCCGCCAUCGCUACAAUGGCCCUGCAGGGCGGCGUGUUCCUCGCCUUCCUCACCAAGAUACCCACGUACCUUAGCACCGUCCUCAAGUUUGAUAUUAAAGAGAACGGCCUCCUGACAGCACUCCCCUACUUCGUGUCGUGGGCCCUGAGCUUCCCCUUCUCCUCUACAUGCGACUGGCUUGUUAAGAGAGGCUCCAUCAACCUCACGAAUGCGAGGAAGAUCUACAACUCUAUUUCACACGUUGUUGGAGGAAUGGCUAUGCUCGCCCUUGGAUUUUGUACCGACACUACCCUGUCUGUUAUACUUCUGACAAUUAGUAUUGGCGUUAUGUCUGCAUCGUAUCCCGGAGUCCAGUCCAACUUUAUGGACUUGACGCCAAACUACUCCGGGACCAUAUUCAGCAUCUCUAACUUCCUGAGCGCGUGCUGCGGUGUGGCAGGGCCCAUUGUAAUCAGCUGGAUCGUCUCAGAGAAGGGCUCUGUGUCUCAGUGGCGGACAGUGUAUUGCCUCCUGGCGGCAGUCAUGUUUAUCAGCAACCUGCAUUUCGUGCUGUGCGGGAGCGCCAAAGUUCAACCGUGGAACAAGCCCACAGACAAGAAGAAUAAAAGCAAGAGAGAUGAAGAGGAGUUUCCAGAGGUUGGUGAAAAGCUAGCAAGUUUAUCGUGAGGCAUACGUCUAACGGAAGUUUGAGCUUUUAUCUGAGAUUCGGAACAGUACGAGACUGUGUGUGUGUGUGUGCGUGAGAGAGAGAGAGAGAGAGAGAGAGAGAGAGAGAGAGAGAGAGAUGUGGGGGCGAUAAAUAGGGCUUCAACCUCUGCGACGCGAGCCCGGUGCAAGAGCGUACUCACAUGAGAUAAGAGACUGGUGUAUUUAUUACUUUAAUGUGUAUCUUAUAAACUGCCUUUAUUGUGUGUACACUGGCGAAUAGGUGUGGAAAUGUUCAACACCUGCUACGUAGGACACGUACUGUGCCGUGUGUCGGGGCCACGACACUACAGUAUGUGGGUGUGCCUACGCUCCACCCAAGGCGCCACGGCCCCUUAGGUCGUUGCCCUGACACACGUUACUGGUCCUGUGCAAAACCGGGAUGAUCGCCACUUGUUCUCUAAUAAAGAAGUUUAAGACGCAAUUAAAA